CAAAGACAUGCAUUCAGGAGAAUCUUUAUCAGGUACACCCCUACCAUCAAAAACAAUACAAUAAAACUGUUCCACUUUUGUGACACCUGUUUUUGUUGACCUUGUCCAGAGGAGUUAGUUAAAUUCAGUGUUAAGCGUGUUUUAGGUUUUGGAUUUGACUUCAUUAUAAUCCGAGACUAAAAUACACAGACCCUUCUGACGCACAUUUAACAGCAGCAUUGUCCAUCGUUCAUCAGUGCAUUAAUCUCUAUGAUAGCAGCAGUCUACGACAAUAAUGCAGAUCUAACAAGAGACAUUGAUGCAUCUGACAACCAUUGUUGUGUAUGAUAGAUGGCUCCUGUUUGACUGUAUGUUCCUGUUAGUGUCUGCUUUUGUCAGUAGGAGGAGCUAAUCGAACAGACCGCCUCUGAACACCACACUGAUGCAGCUGAAAGGACAGACUCACUAUCUGCCCUUCUGUCACCUCACAGUAAGAACACUUUUAGUUAUUGUGCCUUCAGUUUAAAGGUAAGACAAUUGUUUUGCGUAUUACCAUAGUAAUAUACCAAGUAUGGUUAGGGUGUUAUUUCUUGCUUUUCUUCAUUUUACUGCAAACUUUAGUGAGGAAAUAUCUGUAACUGUGACUAUUAUUAUUAAUACAAUUGUGUGCAUUUGUUCAUCUUUGUGAGUUUGAAAUGCAGCUCUUUUUUUCAAAAUGAAUGCAUUAACUUUGAUUAGGUAUUUGUUAGUGUGAGGUUUAGUCUCAUUCCUCUUUCUGUGUAAAUGGGUAGACAGUGUCAGGUUUGUUUGGGCUUCUCAGAUUUACCAUUUAUAUUCUUUAGCUCACACACAAACAAGGUACUGUGAGAGCAGCCAGGAGAUAAACUGUUUAAGUGUAAAUAUGUAAAAGCAGAAAGCAGCUCAACUUUACUGCUUAUGGAACCAUCCAGAGUGGAGUUAUAUCUCUAGAGGAAGUGGAAUGAAAGAAAUCUGAUAGUUGGACACUUGUUAGCACCAGAAUAUAAACCUAAAGUAUUUAAGCACCAAUACGACCAAUGGGUCACGUUUAGCUCCUUCAGCCCUGGGUUAUUUUUUGAAAGUUCCUUCUUGAAUAGACAUCCUUUGGUUUAGCCAGUAAGCUACACAACUGUAAGUCAAAAAUAAAACAUGCUGGGCUCCAUGGAUAAAAGACACUUGUAACACAAUACAUAAUUUUGUCACCAUCACCAGGCCAGUAGGAGAUCUGAAAACUCAACACUUUAGCGUCCUUGUAACAAUAAGCCACCUGAACCUGUUCUAGACAUUCUUAACUACAGCUCUACAAACAUGAAGCAGAACAAUGCUGCACACAUUUCAGUCAUGGUUAUACAAAGUGGCCUAUUCAGUGAAAGUGUCAUGCUCGAUAAUCCUCUUAAAAUGGCAGCAAGGUGCGUUUUAGUAACAAAUACAGCCUUGUCCCUACAUAAAUAAAUAAUGGCAUAUAACCAGUAUGUUGUGGUGUCAAAAAUCUGCUAUAUGUGUAGGUUACAAUGCUACAUGGCUGCAUCCCUGGUGUUCAGACUGCAUGACAGAGGUCCAGAGGUGGUGAGAGAGGUGCUUCUGGAGCGAGGAUGGGAGGAAUACGAUGAAGAUGAGCGCGAGGAGGAAGACUGGAACCUCUACUGGCGCGGCUCUGCAUUUCGCACCUCAGAAUAUCACAACCUACUGCCAUGGCAACGCCUAAACCACCAUCCCAAAACUAUUGGCAUCACACGUAAGGACUGCUUGGCACGCAACCUGAGGAGAAUGAAAGCCACAUCUGGCUCAUCUCUCUAUGACUUCAGUCCCACUGCCUUCAUCCUCCCCAACGACUACACCCGCUUCCUGGCUGAGCACAACAAACUACGUCUGGUGAGAGGACCGUCGACCUACUGGAUAUGUAAACCUGUGGAUCUCUCCAGAGGCAGAGGGAUCUUCAUCUUCAAGGACAUUAAGGACUUGGUCUACGACUGCUCUGUAAUCGUUCAGAGGUACAUCAGCAACCCUUUGCUGAUCUCAGGUUACAAAUUUGAUCUGAGGAUCUAUGUGUGUGUCAAGAGCUUUCAUCCACUGACUGUUUACAUUCACCAAGAAGGUUUGGUGCGUUUCGCCACCGAGAAAUACAACCUGUCAUCUCUGCAUAACUUGUACGCUCACCUCACUAACACCAGCAUCAAUAAGUUCGGACCCUUUUACAAAACUGAAAAGGGGAGGGUGGGGCAGGGAUGCAAGUGGACCAUGAGUAAGUUCAGACACUUUCUUUACAGCCAAGAUAUCAAUGAGCUUCUUUUGUGGCAGAGGAUCAACAACAUCGUCACUCUGACCCUCCUCACCAUCGCUCCGUCUGUUCCGUCCUGUCCAAACUGUGUGGAGCUGUUUGGCUUUGACAUCCUCAUUGAUGUUAAGUUUAAACCCUGGCUGCUAGAGGUCAACUACAGCCCUGCGCUGACUCUGGACUGCCAAGCUGACAUUGCAGUAAAGAAAGGGCUAAUCAGUGAUUUGAUUGAUUUGAUGAACUACACAGCGGUUGAUGGCUUAAGAGAUAGAGCUUAUCAGAAACACAAGUACAAGCAGCCUUGUGUUAACACUAACUAUGCCUCUCAUAUUUCUAUACCUGCACUUUCCCAGGUAAAAAACCCUAAAUUUCAGAGGAAAAGCAGAGAUGGCAAGGCCCAACAAACUCUGACACUCCCUCUGCUAAAGCCUCUUCGGCAGUCUGAAAAAAUGAACCAGAGAAAGCCCAGGCAACAUGCUUUUGUAGCCAACUACCAAAGACGCCUUCCACCCGUUGACUUGGACGACAUAUACGCAGCCAGGGGAAGGAUGAUUAACACUCCAAAAACCCACACUGAUCAGAGCCUUCACCUGAUACUCGGUCCAGAUUCAAGGACAAACGUGUCAGUCGUAAACAGACAGACGUGUCCAACUCUCGCAUCAAACCUGACAGACAACAGGAGUCUUCACGUGUCUGAGGUUACAAACCAUGACAACACUGAAACAGAAGCUGAGAUCUCCAGAGAGACAGACGCUUCCUCUACGAUACCCGACACCCAGCAGAGGGGGCUGGGACUCAGACGCUCUGCUGUGUCCUGGAAGCUCCCCAACAUUUACAGUGGGAGUCAAAGGCCUGGAAGGAUCCCUGUGGAAGGAACCAUGGCACUGAAUGGACAAUGCAUUCCUCCACUCAGAGUUGGAGACUUCAUACGGACAUUCCCAUUUAACACAGCCACUCUGAAGGCCUCGCAACAUAAACUGGAUGUCACAAUAAUCUUACAGCAGCUUCACAAGCUCACUGGUCAGCUGGCUUCAGGCCAAUCAGACAAGACAAAGUGGAGGAGAGAGGACGAGGUGAAGAAGAAUACGGGGAGUAAAGACGACUUUGAUUCACUGUUGUGGGGACCAAAAGAUCCUCCACUGUUCAGUCAGUGCUUCAAACCCAUUUAAGUCAUGAGCAGAAUAUCACAACUGGAAGAUGUAACCACAUGAGGGGGCACAAACAACACAUCUAAUCUCAGACUAGGUGACAAAAUUACACUGGAUUAGAUGGUUGUAAUAUUACAAGAAAAUCUUUUGACAUCUCUAUGUUGGGGAGAAGAUUUAAGGAGGAAAUGUGGUACAUUCACACAAACUGGCUGCAUCACAAUUUUCUAGUGAGAAAGACAGUAACAUAUCUAAACUAAUAGAAAGUAGACUAAAUAACAAUGAAUAGACAAAAUAAGAGAACAAAAAGUCAUUAUAUAUAUAUAUAUUUUUAUAUAUAUAUAUAUAUGUGUGUAUAUAUAUAUAUAUAUAUAAAUAUAUGACUGAAAACUGAAACUAUAAUCUGUGAUACACAUACUUUCCAAGGAUAUCAUUAUUUUUAAGGUUGUUCAUCCAAAAUAAAUCCAGAAAUGUACUCAAAAAUCAUAUAAAAAAAAAAAAACCUCUGUAAUAUCAAAAUAAUCCACUGACGGUUGUCUACAGAUCCAUGAGUGCAUCUUUUAAUAGUGCCAGUUUGUAAAAAUGAUACAUGAAUUAACAGAAAAGCAAACCUGGAUCAGAAUUUCACAAAAAUGUGACUAGCUUUGAGGGCAGUAUUGGCUGGUCUUGCACUUUGUUUAAUUAGAAUAUCUUUAGGUCCAGUGAUGUCAACAAAAGAUUAUCCAGGUAUGUUGUCCUUUAACUAAGCAUUAAAAACGUAGAUUUAAAAUACAUAUAUUGUCAGACAAUCUCUAUAAAUAUGAUAGUUUUCAACUCUGAAGCUACUUGAGUCAAAAUAAAAUAUCAACUCUUAAUUUGUAUGAUGAAGUUUGCAUAUUAAAAUUCAAUGAUGUCAGCGUCUGUCCUGUUAUUGGUUACCACAUACUGCUCUGACAAUGUUUACUAAUUUAUGAGGAUACCUGUUAGCAGCCACCCUAAUGACAGCUAGUCUUCCUGGAUUCCAUCGUCGUUCAGACAACCUGACAUAAUGUAAUGACUUUAGUCUUACGGCGAAAGGUGAACGACGGUGUCAUCAGGGAAGAUUGUCUUCUCGCUGCCAUCAGGCUCCAAAUACUUGAUGGUCUGGUCUGGAAAUAAGAUCUCUAUCUUCCCCCCGGGGUGUCACUUCUCUGUUACCGAAGGAGACAUAUUAUGAAAGAAACGCUACACUAUGAGCUGUGGUCCUUUAAGUCUGUACACAUUUUCCAUUUUCUGUUAGAGAUUACCAACAACUGACAGCAUCAAAUUAGGUUCAAACUGAUACCUUCUUUUGUCAGUCUGCCACCAGAUGACUAUUUACUGCUAAUUUAAAGCUAGGAUCUAGUUUGGUUGAAUAUCCAACUUCUGGAUGAAUUAAGAAGUUGGUAAAUUUCAUGAUGUAUUCAUUCAAAAUAUCUAUCUCAAUUUUGACACAAGAGAAUAAUUCAGGGAAAAGAAUGCUUUAAUUUGUUUUAUGUAAACUAUUGAUUGGAAUCUUGCACUAUUUCUUGUAUUUGCUGCUGUAACAUUGAAAAUUUCCACGCUGCGGGAUCAAUAAAAGUUUAUUCUAUCUAUCUAUCUAUCUAUCUAUCUAUCUAUCUAUCUAUCUAUCUAUCUAUCUAUCUAUCUAUCUAUCUAUCUAUCCAUCCAUCUAUCCAUCCAUCCAUCCAUCCAU